AUGUUCGGGCUCCGGCGGCAGCAAGGGUUGCUGGUGCUCGCGCCUUUCAUCCUCGUGGCGGCCGAGAGACCAACAAUCAGUGCAGCGCCGGGUCUCGAAGGCCUGCAGCGCCGCGCGGGGCUGCGGCUGGAGCAGGUCGGGCUGGAGUCUCCUGCCGUGGUCACUCUGGGCAGCGUGCCAGAAGCGCGGGCCUUAGUGUCGGACGCGGAGCUGGCGGACCUGACUCCCGACUCCUUCUUACUCCGGGCCCGCAACGAAUCGGGCCGGAUCUUGGUGGUUUGUGCUGGGAGGACUAGACGAGCUGUGGGCUUCGCGUUCUACGAGUUUUUGCAGCGGCUGGGGUUUGGCUUCUUGCAUCCGCUGAAGCCAGUUAUCCCCAAAGCUGCGAGGCUCACUGGGCGAUCCCUCCCUAUGGAUGUGCAUGAGACUCCUCGGUGGAGCUUCCGAGGCACUCACUAUCACACCCAACAUCCCCUGGAGCUCACGAAUUUCUUGAACGGCUACGAUGCUCUGGGGAACACUGAUGACCGAGAACGGUGGCGGGAAGCCUGGGCUGCUUGGGAGGACUUCUUGGAAUGGAUGCUUGCUCAAAAGCAGAACUACGUGGAGUGGAUGCUGCUGGCCGAUCGGGCAUCAGACAAGGCCGACAAGGACUUCGAGACUAGCGCAGAGCGCCGAGAUCGGCUGCGGCUCCUCGUGGAUGCGGCCCACGGCCUGGGCUUGGAGGUGGGCGUCGACGUGCCGCUGACAUUGAGGCAGCAGCACGCGCUGAACCUUCUUCCACGGCCCUCUCGCGAUCGCGAGGAGAACGCAGCGCAGGUUCGAGACCGGGUGCGGUGGCUGCUGAGCUGCGGCUUCGACCACCUUGGAACUGAGUUGGGAAGCACAGAGUUCACGCGAGGACUGGAGGCGGUGGAGCUGACCCGUCUGCUGAACGUGACACAGGAGGCCCUGGGCUCUUCGAGGCUCCUGGUGAAGAACCACUGCUCCACGCAGCAGCACGCGGAAGGCUUCCAGGAUCCAAGGCCCGAAAAGCAGGGAGAGCCCUUGAACUUCAACUAUCUCAACUACUUUGCGGAUCCGAAGAUCGUCAGCAUGCCCCACACCGUGCAAGCAUAUUCCCUGACGGACCCGGCUCCCACGUAUGGCAAUGCCAACUUUUCAGACUUGCGAGAGUGGACAGCGUUCCUGCUUCAACAGGGCCGGCCGGUGGUGUUUUAUCCAGAAACGGCGUACUGGGUCAACUACGACAUCUCCGUGCCGCUUUUCCUCGCGCCCAUCUAUGCAUCCGAUCGCCUGGAGGAUGCAGAGACACUGGAUGCGAUGCCAGCUGCAGCGCCGCUGCUCGGCCAGCUGAACUUUGAAAGCGGCUGGCAGUGGGGCUACUGGUUGGCCAACUCGCUCCAGGCUCUGGUGGCCUGGCGAAGGCCGGCGGGCCUGGGAGGGGCUUUCAACCAGCUCCUCCGCUUCUUGCCCUCCAAAACGCGGCGAGGUUUGACGGAGCUUCUCCUGGACUUCGCGGCUGCGCAGCGGCGGCUGCUGGUCGAGGGCCGCAGAGCGGAUGGCACACGGACGCAGCCAGCACCCGGAGCAGGGCCCGGAUCGGCCACGGGCAUUGCUUAUCUUCAAGGCUCCGAGGGUCUCAGUGACCUUGCAUCCCUGGCCGCACGCUAUCUGGGGGAGGGUGCUCCCCAGCCAGACCGACUGCAUUUCCAGGAGCUCUGGCGGGAGACACCGCCCGCCAGCGUACGGCUGCUGCGCUUGCUCGGGGAGGGCUUCGCGGCUGCGGCCUUCAAUGGAUCGCUCCGGAGGGCCCGCCGGGCUUGGUUCCAGGAAGAGCUUUGGCCGCUGCUCCGGGAAACCAAUGCCACCUUCUCAGCCCUGGCGGCUCGCUUCGCAGCCCUUCCGGCUCCACGUUUGCCGAGCCACCGCGAGGUGGUCCAAGAUCUUGCGGAUUCGGCACAGCUGCUGGCGUUGCGCUCCUCUCAAGUGCUGACGCUCUACGAGUACGCGGCUCUGUGCGCUCCGGGAGAGUGUUUGGGGCGCCUCGCGGCGGGCCGUGCUGCCAUCCGGUCAGCACAGGUGCUGGUCUCUGCCAGGGCCGAGCACUUUGGCCUCGAGUCGCUGGGUGAGCAUGGAAAGGGGCUGGUGCUGGAGUGGUCGAGGCCGGUGCCCACGGCUUACUCCUACGGAUACCUCUGGGCUGCGCAGAGCUUGUUCUACUGGCGGAGAGAUCAGGCCAUCGUGGAGUUCGAGAUCUCAGACCCGUGCUUUGGUGCGAUCAACGAUCCGCUGGAGUUGGGUCUCUCAGGUGGCGGAGGGCCGUGGGCGAGGCAUUCUCUGGCGCAGACUGCGUUCUCCAACAGACUCUGGCACGCAGAGCUGUCCUCGUGCCUGGGUCCGCGGGAGGAGCCCUCGAUCCCCUCCACAGGAUCCGGCCAGGACUACGAAGACGCCGAGGCUCGGCGUGCAGACGAUGCGAAAUGGGCAUCGCUGCCGGGCCAGAUCUUUUCCUGCGCAGGCCAAGGCAUCCGAGCCUCCAAGCGUGAUUGCAUGAUGGGCGAUGCGGCUCCAUGGCAUGCCUGCCUGAGCGUCAUGAUGACGGCCAUGGCUGUAAAGAAGGCCUCGGCUAGGCUGCCUGCAUCUGACUUUCUAGUGGAGGCCGUCCAACCUAAGAGUGUUACCCGUCGCGCACGGCAAGGUUCCAAAAAAAUCUUCAGCGAGAGCCCAGGCUCCAAGGUUUCCAUGAUUCGGAGGGCCGGCUCGGCGAAGGCCCCUGAUGGCAGCGAGGGGCUCAAGCUGAAACUCCAGAAAGCGUACAUCAUAGGUCCUGCCGACUUCGAGCUCCGGGUUCCUGAGGCUCGCCGGAAGCUGGUGGUGAACACACUGUCAGCCUCCGCGCCGGGUGGGGCCUCGAUCAUCUUUGGCAAGGACAGCAAGGCGGGCGUCUCCGUGGUAUGCGGAUCUUCCUAUCCCUUCAACCAUGCCUCCAUGGGCAGUUUCCUGGAGUCGUGCCGGGGAGUGCAGCUUACUUUGAGUCUCGUGGACAAGAGGACGGUGACGGGCAAGAUGCUCAUGGUAGAACGUGCGAAAAGGGCGAUAGAAGGCUGCAAGGAAUCGGAGGAAUAUGUUGCAGCUGUGCAUCUCUUCGAAGAGCAAUGGGGCAUCAUUCACAAAGUCCGAUUCGAGGAGAUAGCUCAAGUCUCCAUGGUGGACACCAUCAUGCAGGAAGAGCUCAGCAAGUCUUUGACGACAGCUUUGGCCAACCAGAUGCCGAAGCCACCGCCACCCCCGAAAGAUAGUCGGGAGGCAAUCUCAAUUCGAGCCCGAGGCGACACUACAGGCGAGAGCCUUUGCCGUGCGUCUUAUGUGGACCGCUGCGAGGAGUGGAAGUGCAUGUACCGCCUCGAUCUGCCGAGGGAAGAAGCUGAUGCCGUCUUGGUCAGUGCGGACAUGGACGCUGAUCCAGGGGUGACGCUGCACACCUUCGGCCACGUGAGGAACAGCACGGACGACCACUGGAUUGACGUGGAGCUUGAUUUGGUCGCAAAUGAGCUCUCGAUCCUGGCUCUGGGCGCAGAACCUGCCAGACAAGAGCUAGCCAAGAUCGUGAAUGAGGCGCGAGCGACUGGUGGGGGAAUGCAGAUCUUCAUCAAAACGCUCACAGGCAAGACCGUCACAUUGGAGGUGAGCCCCAGCGAUUCGGUCGAGAAUGUCAAAAGCAAAAUCCAGGACAAGGAGGGCAUCCCACCGGAUCAGCAACGCCUCAUGUUUGCAGGGAAGCAGCUUGAGGACUAUUUCAAGCUUGCAGACUACAAUAUUCAGAAGGAAUCCACUCUCCACCUGGUCCUGCGCCUAAGGGGCGAGGCGGCUGGAGAGCAAAAGCCCGGCAAGGACUGUUUCGAGUCCUUGGAAGGCCUGGCCACCAAGGGCCUCGCAGAACACGUGCUGUACCACGUGCAAGACAAGGUGACCAUCCACUCCAAGGAGACGGCCAUCGUCCCCAUUUUUCAGCACAGCAUCAAGGGCGACCGCGUCCUUGUCUAUGACCCCAAGGAAUCUGAGGUCUGUGUGAAGCGCGCGGUGCACGUGGUGAACACCUCGGCCCACGUUCUCGCCAAUGGCAGCGUCAACGUGUUGGACGGCGGCCGCUUCGUUGCCCAGUGCCAGUUUGCCCCGAUGAUUCCGGGUGACGACCAGCUCUUUGAGCUCGGGGAGGACACAACCCUAUCCGUGACGCGCCUGAAGCCCGCAGAGAUGCAGGAGGACCGUGUGGUGCGGACACGAGUCGAGCAAGACGAGCACGGUCAGCUCAGCAAGGUUGUCUUAGAUCAUCGCAACCGCGUGACCACUCUGUACAGCAUCAAGAACAACGGGAGUCGGAGCGCCCCCUGCCUCUACAUCGACCAUACGGCUCGAACGGACUGCGGAGGCUUCUCGAUAACUUCUACAGAGCACCGCGUGAAGCAGACGACGGGCUGGGCGCGCUUCUGCCUCUCUGUGAAUCCUGAGGCAGAGCUUUCCUUGGAGGUAGCCGAGGAGGCCAACUACGAGGAGAGCCUUCCCGUGACGGCGCCGAGCAUCUCCAAGUUCCUGGCGACACGCGCGCGGCGUCUCCAAGACGACGGGGUCCUCAGUGGCGAGUGCUUCCGGGCUCUGAAGCGGAGCCUGGGACAACUCCGCCUUGCCUCCAUGCUUCAGGUCCUUGUCCAGCCGCGGCAAGUCUCCGAGGAGCAGCUCCUGGGCUGGGAGCAGCGGGACGUCCCCUGGGCUCCGGACGAGCCCUGUGAGGACCCGGACGGCUUUGCCACCGAAGUGAGGGAGAUCUUGAGCCUUGGCCUUCUGUGCGUUUGUUGCAGGUCUCUGCCUGGGUCUGUGGUCCCCUUCUGGGAAAAGAUGUUCAAGGAUGCAGAGAUCCAGGAGAUCCAGCGCAAGCAGACUUUGGACAGCACCCGCGUCAACAAGAUCUUCGAAAACCAGAAGUACAUGAAUGACAUGGACAAGGAAGAGAACGACUUGAUAGCAACUCGCAAGAGGCUUAUGCUGCAAAUUGUCAUGAAGACCAAGCAGCUACAGAAGAAGGCGCUGAAGCGCUAUGUGGCGAAGGUGCAGGAGCACCGCGAAUUCGAGUCGCGCGUGAAGAAGCUUCGGGAGACCGUGAAGAAGAACAGUGUCGACUACGACAAGUCCGAGGAUCACCUGAAAGCCUUGCAGAGCGUUGGGCAGAUCAUCGGCGAGGUGUUACGACAGCUCGACGCCGAGCGCUUCAUUGUGAAAGCCUCGAGUGGCCCGCGCUACGUUGUCACGUGCAAGGUAAAGCUGGACAAGGCCAAGCUGGUGUCAGGCAGCCGCGUCUCCUUGGACAUGACCACUCUGACGAUCAUGCGCUUACUUCCGAGAGAAGUCGACCCGAUGGUCUUCAGCAUGCUGCAUGAGGAUCCUGGGAAGAUCUCCUACAGCGAUGUUGGUGGCCUCACAGAGCAGAUCAGGCAGAUGCGAGAGGUCAUCGAGCUGCCGUUGACAAACCCGGAGCUCUUCAAGCGUGUGGGCAUCAAGUCUCCGAAGGGUGUGCUGCUCUACGGCCCGCCGGGAACCGGAAAGACGCUUUUGGCGCGGGCCAUGGCGCACAACAUGACGGCCAGUUUCAUCAAGGUUGUAGCAUCUGCCAUCGUGGACAAGUACAUUGGAGAGUCCGCCCGAAUCAUCCGCGAGAUGUUUGGCUAUGCGAAAGAGCAUCAGCCCUGUAUCAUUUUCAUGGAUGAGAUUGAUGCCAUCGGCGGGAAGCGUUUCUCUCAAGGCACAUCGGCUGACAGAGAGAUCCAGCGGACUUUGAUGGAAUUGUUGAAUCAGUUGGAUGGCUUCGACGAUUUGGGCCGCGUGAAGAUCAUCAUGGCCACGAAUCGGCCCGAUACCCUGGACCCUGCGCUGCUUCGGCCGGGGCGCUUGGACCGGAAGAUCGAGAUUCCGCUGCCGAACGAGCAAGCCAGGAUCGAGGUGCUCAAGAUCCAUGCCAACCCCAUCACAAAGCACGGGGAUAUCGACUACGAAGCCAUUUGCAAACUGACGGACAACUUCAACAACGCGGACAUGCGCAACAUUUGCACUGAGGCCGGAAUGUUUGCCAUCCGCGCCGAGCGGGACUAUGUCGUUGAGGAAGAUUUCAUGAAGGCCGCAAGAAAAAUUGCAGACAACAAGAAGCUUGAAGGCAAGCUCGACUACGAGAAGGUGUAG